AUGUCCACGAAUAUUCGCUGGUUCAGAUCGCUGUUGAACCCGCAGCAAGAAGAUGCAGAUAUCGGGCGACAGCACCGUCUUGACUCCUCGAUUCGACACAUCAAGGACGAGCAGGCUGGUCGUCGGCAUCAUUGCCCCCCAAAGGAACAUCACGAGCAAAGAUAUCCCACAAAGAUCGGCGGUAGCUAUGCGAAACUACAACAAAAAGCAUCAGGAGGAAGGCACAAAUAUGAAGAUUCUACCUUGGUCUUCAGCGCCUACUCCACCUCAAUCGGACAUCGAAGACCACCUCGGCCAAGAUACACGUGUGAAGAAAUGCAUUUCAUCUGGUACCACCGUGUAGAUCUUAAGAAGGAAUGGUCAGAUUGCAUAGCGGCUUUCAACGAACACUUUUGCAGCCAGGGGCACACAGAGCGAAAAAUACCGGGAAUCCAAUGCAAAUUAUACCGUUUUAUGUACGCUCAGAAAUGCCCCACGGUGCGGAAGACGCAACGUUCCAAGAACAGAAUUUUACCCAAACAUGGUGUUGUUGACUGGUGUCGCGUUUCGUAUCCCUGGAUGAAAGCUGAGCAUCAACGCUUGCUGCGUAAUGACGAGGGGUAUUGCAUUGACGGCCGGGGAAAGAUGCGGAAAGAAAAUUCAGUGUAUUCUCCUUAA